AUGUUCCAGUUUCAUGCAGGCUCCUGGGAAAGCUGGUGCUGCUGUUGCUUGAUUCCACCCGACAGACCUUGGAACCGGGGCCGGCACUGGCGGCUGGAGAUGGCGGACACGAGAUCUGUGCAUGAAACCAGGUUUGAGGCUGCGGUGAAGGUGAUCCAGAGUUUGCCGAAAAAUGGUUCAUUCCAGCCAACAAAUGAAAUGAUGCUCAAGUUUUAUAGCUUCUAUAAGCAGGCAACUGAAGGACCUUGUAAAAUUUCAAGGCCUGGAUUCUGGGAUCCUAUUGGAAGAUAUAAAUGGGAUGCUUGGAGUUCAUUGGGUGAUAUGACCAAAGAGGAAGCCAUGAUUGCAUAUGUUGAAGAAAUGAAAAAGAUUCUUGAGACUAUGCCGAUGACUGAAAAAGUGGAAGAAUUGCUGCAUGUCAUAGGUCCAUUUUAUGAAAUUGUAGAGGACAAAAAAAGUGGCAGGAGUUCUGAUUUAACUUCAGUCCGAUUGGAAAAAAUCUCUAAAUAUUUAGAAGAUCUUGGUAAUGUUCUGACUACUUCAAAUGCCAAAACUGUGAAUGGUAAAGCUGAAAGCAGUGAUAGUGGAGCUGAGUCAGAGGAAGAAGAGGCCCAAGAAGAAGUGAAAAGAGCAGAACAAACUGAUAAUGAUAAGAAAAUGAUGAAGAAAUCAACAGACCUUAACAAUUUGGAAAUUGUUGUCACUAAUGGCUAUGAUAAAGGCAGCUUUGUUCAGGAUAUACAGAAUGACAUUCAUGCUAGUUUUUCCCUGAAUGGCAAAAGCACUGAAGAAGUAAAACCUGCAGAGCAAAACUUGGAACAAACUGGAAAAACUACUGUCUGCAUUCACGAAGAUAUAAAUGAUGAUCACAUUGAAGAUGUUGCUGGAAUUCAGCAUUUGACCAGUGAUUCAGACAGUGAAGUUUACUGUGAUUCUAUGGAGCAGUUUGGACAAGAAGAGUCUUCAGACAACUUUUCGUCAAACAUUGGACCAUUUAGAUACUACUUGAGUGGUGAUCCCAAUCAACCCUUGGAAGAUUCUGGUUUUCCUGAAGAUGGUCAAGUAUCUUCUGCAAAUGGCAGCAUUGGAGAUAUGCAGGUGGUAGCAGUUGAAGGAAAAGGUGAAGUAAAGCAUGGAGGAGAAGAUGGCAGAAGCAAUAGUGGAGCACCACACCAUGAGAAACGGGGUGGAGAAAAUGAGGAAUUCUCUAAUGUCAGAAGAGGUAGAGGGCAUAGGAUGCCACAUUUGAGCGAAGGAGCCAAAGGUCGGCAAGUGGGAAGUGGAGGUGAUGGAGAACGGUGGGGCUCAGACAGAGGGUCAAGAGGCAGCCUCAAUGAGCAGAUUGCUCUAGUGCUCAUGAGAUUGCAGGAAGACAUGCAGAAUGUCCUUCAGAGACUUCAUAAACUGGAGACACUAACUGCUUCGCAGGCAAAAUCAUCAACAUUACAGAAUAGUAAUCAGCCUUCCUCAACGAGACCAUCUUGGUGGCCCUUCGAGAUGUCUCCUGGUGCAUUAACUUUUUCUAUUAUAUGGCCUUUUAUUGCCCAAUGGUUGGUGCAUGUAUAUUAUCAAAGAAGGAGAAGGUAA